AUGCUUUGCUCAAGCAGUGAGGCCGAGAUGCGAAUCCAUCCCAUUCCUUCACAGGACGAUUUCGAUGAGCUCUGCUGCGAUGAAGAUGACAUGGCGGAUGUUCCUGAGCUGAGCUUCCUGAAACUUAACAGCGCUCAGAGGGGAAAAGUGCACACGUUGUCAGACAAGAACAAGAAGAUGUUGUUUUGUUUGGCGAAGUCGAUAGAGUACAUCAAGAUGAAUGGCGGAAGAACUCCUUCUGUCUACGACCCAGAACCUCUAGAAAGCAAGAUGGGAUCCCUCUCAUUAGCUACAAUCAACCAUGAAGCAGCUAGCAUUGAGCUCUGUUGA